AUGGGAGUUGGGGCUUAUUGGAGAGCAACGGGCCGCUCCACAAUCACAAGGCGAUCAGGUUUGUCCCAGCAGGAGGUAUGUUGUGUAGGCCUAUGUGUUCUCAAAAGGACCUGCUCCUCUGUGUGUGUGGCCACCGUUGGGUUUCUGUUCCUUCUGGGAGUCUGCCUGCUCUACUUACCGGACCCGUUGACGCUGGAACCGUUAGUAUAUGAGGAGAACAGCGCGGCGACCCUCCUGAUAUGGACGCAUCCAUUCGGUCGGUACCGCAAACUGCCGGACUGCUUUGCGCUCUAUCAGAUCGGCGGGUGCACGCUCACCGACGACGGGCGCGCGUACCCGCAGGCUGACGCUGUGAUCAUUCACCACCGGGAAGUUGCCACCGGCACCGCUGAUCUGCCACAGGAACCGCGGCCACGUGCGCAAAAGUGGAUAUGGAUGAACUACGAGUCCCCCGCGCACACACCCAGACUGUGGCGCUUUGAGGAUGUUUUUAACCUCACAAUGACCUACCGGACAGACUCAGAUAUUUUUCUGCCGUACGGGUAUUUGCUCCCCCGUGAACAUAGAACCAACGGUCUCCAGAACCGCUUUGCCCACCCGCUCCGCGCACCCUCGCGCUUACACCUCCUCCGGCCCCGCCUCCUGGCCUGGGUCAUCAGCAACUGGUCGGAGUCCCAUGCGCGCGUGGCCCUCUACUACCAGCUCCGCCGGUUCAUCCAGGUGGAUGUGUUCGGGCGCGCGGGUCGGCCGUUACCGGAGGACAGCGGCGGCAGCGUGGUGCGGCUGGUCGGACGGUACCAGUUCUACCUGGCGCUGGAGAACUCGCAGCACACCGACUACAUCACAGAAAAGCUGUGGAACGCGGUGCGGGCCGGUGCCAUCCCGGUGGUCCUGGGUCCCUCCAGGCAGAACUAUGAGCGCUUCCUGCCCCCCGAGGCCUUCAUCCACGUGGACGACUUCCCCACAGUGCGAGGGCUGGCCCGGUACCUGCUGAUGCUAAGGCGCAACCCGGCUCGGCUGAGGCAGCACCUGGACUGGAGAGGGAGCUACAGCGUGCACCAGCCCACCUUCUGGGCUGAACACUACUGUACGGCCUGCAUGGCGGUGAGGAGGAACAGAGGCAGAACCGACGUGGUCGAAGACCUGACACAAUGGUUUCACUCGUGAAAACAGCAGAAUCACCCCUCGCACCUGAUUGACCUGAGAGACUCUCUGUGACAGUGGGACUUACUGUUCACCAGAUUAAAUCUCUUUAUCAGCAAGCACCCCUGAUUGUCUGGGAGACUGUUGAUUUCAUUUGAUUUAUGUCACUUUAACUGAAAUCCAAAACAUGGAUUUUGCACAUGCCUAU